AUGUUUCCACGAGCUAGGUUGUGGCUCGCACUCUUGUCCCUGUUCUGCCUCGAGGUUCUAGCAGGCGGCCUGCCUGGUGGUCUUGAGCGAGUACAUCUCUGGGAGGCGUACGACCUCGCAUGGGAUUGGAAGGGAAAGGAUCAGACAUACCUCUUCCCCAACUUCCAGGAGCAUAAGAAGAUUGGCAAAAUUCUUAGAUAUCCGGCUGCAGACCCUUCAGGCAGACUCACGUUUCAGGAAUUCAUGCUGAACAUGGACAGCAAACCGUGCACCGUACAGCCGCCCGGCGAGGGUCGGGAUACCAUGACUGUCGCCAAAGAACUCGACGCAGCGGGCUUCAACAAGGACAUCAACGGCAAGGGUUUUAAUCGUGGACUAGAGUCCAAGGCUGUCAAAGAAGGCAAGAGCUACUAUUUUGUCCUGCAUGAGAUGGUCGCCUCCAUGGUGGAGGACAUGUCUAAGGAUGAGGAUUUUUUGAAGAAGACAGGCGUCACGGAGCGAAUUGAACGCAUGAAGAAGAUUCCCGAGAUGAUUGUCUCUAUUCGAAAGUCCGACUUUGGCAGCUGGCUCAAAGCCGACCUGACGAGAGCCACGGAUGCCACAAAGACGGACGCUAAAGGAAAGGAAAUACCGAAUCCCGGCUUUGGCUUGAAAGACUCGGAAGUCAUCAUGUUUGACCCGGCUCCGAAAAAUGAGUUUGACGGCAAAACCUACGACAAGGUCAACGUUGACGAGACAGUGAAGAAGAUGAGGAAGAACCCGGACUACGACAAGAACAAACGUUCCGACUUUAGGAAAUACGCGAACAAGUACGGCGACGUCAAUUGGGGCCCUAAAGAUGCAACCCUCAAGUUUACAGAUGUCGCUGUUACACAUUUCCAGACUCUGUCCAUGUGGGAAAGGAUACAGGUUCGGUUCAGCAAGUGUCUAGCAUGA